AUGCAAGAAUUAAUGCCUCUGAGUGAAGCGUUUGGUGUUUUAAUGAACACCAAGUACAGGGAAAUUACGAAAAUUGAAUCGGAACAACAUGCUCUCUAUGCUGCCUAUUCAUCAUGGAAGUAUUUUGUAAAAUCGAAAUUAAUUCCGAAGGAACGAUAUGAUACAGUGUUGCAAGAUGAACAAUUUGGAAUAUUAUUUGUCUUGCUGGAUAAUCUGACCGAUCAUCGAUCGUCAAAUACAUUGAAAUAUAACCACAGCAUUCAAUUAUUGAGUGAUUGUUUUAUCAAUGAAGAACAUGUGAAUGACUUUAUGUUUGGAACCUUUAUUCAUAUUCUGAAAAGAACAAUAGAUAAGGAACAACCUGAAACUUCUAUUCAGAUUCAGCAAUACAAGUACUCUAUUUGUACAUUUUUCAUUGAAAUUAUUUUAGGAGAUGAAUUUAACAAAAACAAGCAGCAAGAGCAAACUCAAUUAUUAAUACAGAUGAAUGACAGAGUUUUCGACAAAUUUGAACCCGAACAACUAGUCCAGAUAUUAGAUUGUCUGUGGAUGAUUUGCCGUUUCGAGAGUGUGGUUAUGGACUCGAGGAGAUGUGCCACAAAGUUGACCUCAAAAGCUGCAGACCUUAUUUCCGUUAUCGCAUACUGCUUAUCGAUACGAAACCAUGAGUUAAUUGUUGACAUGUCAGACUUAUUUAUGAAAACGUCCAUAGAACUCUUACAUUGGUUUGAACCUCACAGAGAUUUAUAUUCUCAAUUUUUGCGAUACUUUAUUUCAAAACAAAAGGAAAUCCAGAAAGUUGUCAUCCAUUUACGCGCAUUGGAGAGGAGUGAGAGGGAGAAAGACAAAAUGCAUGCUAAGGAAGGAAGAGCAUUUGCUGUCAAGUCACUAUGCUCCUUAUUUUCUUGCUAUUCGAUUUAUUUGGUUGAAGAAAGGGAUUAUUUCGAAAUGUUUGUAAAGUACCUCACAAACUUUGAAAAAAAGAAUCCCAAGCAAGAUGUGACAUUUGAUUUUAUUCUUGCAAUAAUUUUGGAAAUUGAAAACUCUAAAGAAGAGGCCCAAAUGUCGUAUAAUUUGGCAUGCCUCAUUGCUAUUAUUGGAAAGUUUAGAAAGAAGGAUCAAAAGAAAUAUUUUACCACACAAAUCAAAAGUGCCAACCAAAAUACCACACUUUAUGAAGCCUUAACACAACUAACAAAUAACAAGCUGCUGAGAGUGGAAUCAGACGAGCUUGGCAUAAUGUCGGUCCAUCUGUACAAAGAAUUGGUUGCUUACUCGGGAGCAAUCCAACAACGAGGUAGUUUCUUGGAGCUACUGGAAGAUAUGUUAGAGAGUGAGGACACUGUGUCAAAGGCAAUAAUAUUAUUUGUGUCAGAAGUAGUACGAAAUGAGAAGUCACAAGUUUACACUAUUUUCAAAUAUAUUGAAUCAGAAAAUGAGAAAACAAAAAAGAACGGAUUAAGAAUAUUGGCCGAAAUUUUCAAUACAAGAGACGAACAAACUAUUGAUGAAGAAUUGGUACAAGUGGUCACAUCGUAUUUGAUCAAACGGUUAGCAGAGGAGGACCUGUCCAUACGAUCAUGUGCUGCUACUGUAUUUUCUCAUUUAAACACCAAAGUUGUUUUGAAACAACUACUUCCCUUAUAUUUAUCAAAAAACGAGAAGGAACGAUCUGCCGCUCAUGAAGCACUUAUCAAAAUCAUGGAUAGCAAUACAGAAAAUCCCAAUUGCUUUAUGGACGUCAUUGAUUGCAUCAAAGAUAUAACCAUUGAAAAUAACAAGGAUAUUGAAAGUAAUAGGAAACAACUUGCAGAGAGAGUGAUGACAUUUUUACCAAAAUAUUUAACACAACUCUCCCCUUCAGCAACCAAGCUGCUCGUUAUGAGCACUAUUAAGAAAUUUUUUGAAUUUAACACCGAUCCUAUUUUAGUAUUCAUGUUGAAUAAGAUACUGAACUUUACUCUCACAGUAGAACACAAAACCAAUACCACUACUGAGGAUGAAUAUCUGUUAAACUCAAAGAAAGAAUUACUUUUUGCAAUCAUUGAACUAGUACUCGAAAAGCUAAUGCAAGAGCGGAAGAUGACACAAGACGAAAAUUUAACAAUAUUUGAAGAACUAGCUCCUUUAUUGGUUCUGAAAACACUUCCAGUCUCUAUUUUCUUUUUUAUGCAUCCAUGUGAGGACUAUGACAAUCUAUUUACGAAUUUGCUGAAAAUUUUGAUUUCCAAUCUCAAAGAUCAUACAGCAGUAGAGGAAUUACGGAGAGUUUCAGCUGAAGUGGCUUCAAAAUUGCCUCCUCGUCAAACGUUCCAAAUAUUUGUUGAUCAUUUUGCCAAAUUGAUUGGUCACGAAAUUCACACCAAUACAAACCUAAAGAAGGCGAAAGCGUUUAUUUUCUGCAUCUGUCAAUCUAUUGCUCUCUAUGAAGAAGAUCCAUAUAUAUUAUCCUAUCUCACACAAGAUACCAAUUUAAUUCCUACAUUGAAACGAGUCCUAUUACAACGUACAGACAAUGAGGAGUUCAUCAAAAUUCAACAAGGAUGCAUGGACUGUUUAAGCAUGAUCAUCAAAUACAUGUUGCACUAUCCACAACAUUCCAAGUUCAUUUCAGAAACCAUUUUAGAAAUGCAUAAUGAUGAGGCGACCAGUUCCAUCACUUCAACCACAGAAAAUAUCUCCAUACUAAGAAUAUCACUAAGCAACAUUGUGACCAAAACGUCAAAGAUUUUACCUCUUAAACAUCAACUCUCAUUUGCGACAAUUACCAUUCCAUAUUUAGUGAAUAUCUUACUUCACACACGCAGGGAAUCCACUCAUGUGGAACUGUCAGUGCCAUUAUUUGCUUCCUCACUUCAAGCAUUACUUAAUAUUAUUUAUCAAAUCAAGUCAGCUGUACACCCCUUCUCUAAAAUGAUUCUAGAAUCAAUUUCCAAGUGUCUCUCUGAUACAGAUGGUAUCAUUCGAUUAUUUGCCCUCAAAGCAUUAAGUGCCAUUUUGUAUGCACGUGAAGAUGUUCUUACAGAUUAUCAAACCAUAUUCGAAUUUGAAAUUUUGAAGAAAGUGAAAGGAAUGGCCUCUAUUGAGAGUAAUAGUGAAGUGAAAAAGUUGGCUACUGAGUUGUGUAAAAUCAUGGGAAUCCAUCAGUAA